AACACCAGUUAGUUAUUUUACUAUGUCAGCACUUUUCAACAUGGUCAAUAUUGAAGAUAUUCAAUGUUUACAUUAAAUAUUGCACUCAAAAAGGAGUAAGUAAACAAAAAUGCCAAAUCUUGAAGGACAGUGCUUAGCUUCACCGCCUGUGGAAAUAGAAAAUACAUUAGACCAUGAAAUCAAACAUUCAAGGAAAACAGACAUGUGUACAGACGAGUUCUACAGCAGCAUAAAAAAAGAUAUGGAUGCAGCAAAAGCUUUGGCAGAUGUACUAAAAUGCCAAGAUGUAAAUAAAUUUGUAAAUAUAAUCAACCAAUGUCAUGGUACACUACUUACAUCGGGAAUUGGUAAAUCCGGAAUUGUAGCAGAAAGAAUGUCAACAUCCUUGUCUUCCACUGGCACGCCUGCUCAUUAUGUUCAUGGUGCUGAAUGGACACAUGGUGAUCUUGGCAAGGGUCGACGCGACGAUGUUGUCAUAUUCUUCUCACACAGUGGUAACACGCGUGAGUGCGUGUUCGCUGCCAAUCACCUUCGUCAACGCGGCGUACAUAUAUUGUCUAUUAUUGGUCAUGAUGAUUGCGCACUAGCGAAAUGUAGCGAUGCUUUUAUUUGUUAUAAAUUGGACCAUGAGUUAGGAGAACCCAUUGGUGGAGUGCCAACUACAAGCAUCAUCCUUCAAGAGAUGGUGAUCAAUGCUGUCGUGUGCGAAUUAAUUCGAAGGAGACGAUACACAAAAAUAGAGUUUGCGCGUAAUCACCCCGGUGGUUCAUUGGGGAAAAAAUUGUGUGACACACCUGAAAUGCCAAAGUAACUUGUUGUCAUGAAAUGUUUCAAGAAUGGUGCUUUGUGUCAUGCGCAAGUGGGUAAGGCACAAUGACAAGACUUGCACAUGCAACAAGAGGUUUUCUAAAUUUAUCGGAAUCUUGCGAAUUUAUCGGAUUUUUUUUUAAUUUGACGCCAAUUAUUGAGUGUCUAUUGUACAACGAAAUUUCAAAUGCAAUAUCGGACAUUUAAUUUCUAAUGAUAAAUUUUAUUUUCAUUUGACUGAGUUUUUCUCGCAUUUUUACUGGCACGAAAUAUAUGCUAUAUAUAUUUUUUUUAAUUUCACAGUGCAAAAAGCUUAUAUUUUUGCUCUGAUUGGCUGAAAUAGCGUGCAAAAAACUUAUAUUUUAUUUCUGAUUGGUUGAGUAAAGUUAUAGUUUUCUUGAAAAACGAGAAUUUGUCGUGUAAUUUAUUUCAAGAUUUUCUUCUCAAAUUACACAUUAAUAUUCAAAGAAAACAAUUAUUCACAGUUCAAUUAUUCUCUUGUUCGCAUAUAGUCAUUAGGAUUGAGAAUGUUUAGCUCACCUGUAACUUCAGAGAGACACAUUAAAGGAUACUUUAAUUUGAUUAUUCGAAAUAGGAAAUUUAUCAUGAUUUACAUUUUACGAUCAUAUAUUGCUUGCAAUAACUUUUCCCGCUUUUGAACAAAGAACUUUAUGACCCAUGACUGAAAUUAAACAAUGAUCUACCGAGUAGACCAAAAAAAACAAGUUUUUUUUCGCUUUUUAGUUCUCGUAUGUUUCACUCGCCCUUGGAGGAAAGAAUACGGAAGGAGAAACAACUCUUUUAAAUCUAUUGAAACACUGCGUGAGGUUCUAGCAGGUGUCUGUAUAGAAACUUAAUUUGAAAUUUUGGCGGUUAUGUGACUAAAUUAUUCGUGAAUAAGAAUUCGCAACUAUGAUUGGUUAUAAAAACAAUUAGAUAAUUUGAUGAUGAAUUUGAUAAUAUUAUCAAAACAAGAAGCCAUAUUGAAAUCGGUAAAAUUUCUUUUGUUCUUAUGUUAACAUAAUUAGCGAAGAAGCACAUGCUCGACACUUUUGUAAACAAAAAGAAAAAGUUUAUAUCUCGUUUUAAAACGACGUUCUGUUAUAAGAAGUUAUUUCUUUAGUUAGAAUAAACAUUAUUCCAGCACACAUUUUGUCGGCACUCGUCCGGCGCAUAUCUAUCUAUAUUGUUUUUCAUGAUCAAAGUGGUAUACUCAAGCCUGCAAAAAUAGGUGAAUAUCAUGGUUAAACACUUAUUUUCAAACGUAUUGUUGAAGUUUUUAAUAGCAAUGUUUACCGUCUUAUAUUAGGCACGCUUUCCAUACAAAUAUCACGUGCCUGCAGCGUGUUACAGUCAGAUUUCAGUAGAAAAAAGUUAGCCCCUAUUAAAGGAGAAUAUGGAAUUUGAUCAAUUUUUUGCGAAAAAGACUCGGUCGAGCACCUUACGCACUGAUUCUUUUGAAAUUAAAAACAAAAGAAAAUUGAAUACAUUUAAAGCGUACAGAAAUGAAGUUGUUUCUCCUUCCGUAUUCUUUCCUCCAAGACUCGCCUAACUAUAAAAAACUCAAAAAAUAUUUUUAAUAUAUUUCUCGGCACGAUACUGUAUAUAAUUUAUUGAUUUAUUUGUGUUUUAAGGUUUCGAACCUUGUUUCAUAUUAUUAUUGCACAUUGUCACUUUCUUUAGUAGUGGAAAGUAAAGUCGAUUUUUUUUAAUUUUCUGGCAUUACAGAAAAAAAUUUGUAACAUAUAUAUAGUGCAACAUAUAUUUAAUUUGAAAUUUUUACUUUUAAACAUAUACCUUGUGAAGGUGAUUAAGGUACAAAUCGAAACUUCGUGUACUGGGACGUUUUUAGAAUUAAUUGGUCAGCGGCCGAAGGGAGCCUGACCUUUGGUUUUCCCUUUGCGUUGGUCGUUGUCGUGGUGUACCGAUGUUUAAGGGUAUAGCUAUAAGUUAUCCUGUUGUUGUUCUGAGCAAAUAAGGUACAAGGACUAUAACAA